AGUCAACUUUAUUUUUUUCUAUAUUUUCUAUAUUAUGUGGUUUAAAUGACAUUUAAGUUUCUGUAUGUGGCACUUUUUUCUGCCUGUACGAUCACACUAUAACUGACUACACUGUGUAUUCCAAACACACAGCUGUUUCUUUCAUAAAAUCAAUCAAGAUGAAAUGACUUCUCAUUGAAAGUAAGAAAAACAUGUGGCAUGAAUUUGCCACACCAGAAAUAAAAACAUGUUUACAUCUGGACCAAAAAAAAUAUACAGUGUUUAUUAUUGUGACUGAGUGGAACAGGUGAUUUACUUAGCUCAUCCAUCUGAUUAACUUACAGUAUGUGAUUCACACUUGUUGAUAAGUGACAGAUGGUACAGCAUAUAAGUCAGGGUAAAGGUGACAUGGUGGAAUGAAUAGUAGAAAUACCUCUGAGGAUACUGGUGUAUCAUGGUGACUGAAGAUAUUGCUGUUACUAAUUACAAACCCCCAAUUUGUGCAAUUCCAUCUUCUUCCCUCUCAUAUUUAUGUUUGUGUCUUCUUCUCAAUCCGUUUCAGUACAAAUAAAGUAGAGAUCCAGUUUCUGGUUGUUUAUGCGGCAUUCCACAUUUCAUCAUUAUGUUUUUUUUUUUUUUUACCUCUGCAGAAUCUUUUCUCUCCCACUACUAUAAUAACAUCAUAUCCAACCCAACAUACUGAUUCAGGGUAAAUAUCCAAUUCCUGCUGUACCAAUUGUACAAAUAAUCAAAUGAAAAAACAAGGAGAAGAACACACAUACAUUCCCUCAUAUUACACAUGUGUUUUCUGAAAUAAACGGAUCAUAUUGAAUAAAUAAAAAAAGGCUUACUUGCUAUGGUGCAAUAUCUACAUAAUAACAUCAAUACCACAUUCAUUUUCAGAUAGUAAUACAAAUAUUAUACUCAAACAAAGGAGAGGUUUUGUCAAGGAGUGAGGAUAAAAUGUAAAAUAAAAGAAAGAAAGAAAGAAAGAAAGAAAGAAAGAAAGAAAGAAAGAAAGAAAGAAAUCCUUAAUCCAUCCGAGGCAGCAGAACUGACUGUGCAGAACAUGUGACACAGUGCACAUAUCUGAAAUACUCAGCAGUUCUUGACCUUGGGAAACCAGGUGUACGUGUGUGCGUGUGUGUGGUGUGUGUGUGUGUGGGUGUGUGUGUAAAAAGUGAAGGGAAUUUAGGGUUGGAAACAUUAUGAAGUGCAGGUCAGGUGAUAUUAUCAUCAUCAUAACCCAACUGGGAUCUGGUUGCUAUGGAGUGUAUACACAGGGGGUGGGGGAUGGGUAGUUACAACAAUAACAUGGGCUGGACUGGUGGCAAUAGGGGGAAAAUCUGUUCCCACUUCUAUUCACAUUCAUUUGGGGACAAACAGCAUAUCCCUAGAAGGUCAAUCAAGCUGAAAUUUAGGAUUAUGACUUAGUUAAGGUUUAACAAUUAGGUUGAAGAUAAGAGUUGGGCUUAGGUGUGUAGGAUGGUAGUGGAUGAUAAAGGUUGAAUAAAUGAAUUCUUAUGUGUUGAUGUGUGUGUGGGAGGUGGGCUGUUUCAAGGGACUAAUUGGUGCCCUGGAGGAGGACUUCCAAUGAGACAUUUAAAUGACAUGAAGAAAUUGAGGCCACAAUAAGUCCUAAAGGAAGGGGGGGGGCACUGACACUCCCCAGUGGUCUGUCAGAAAAGCAAAGAAUUGACAAUGUGAGGACGCACAUGACACAUGACACAGAUUAAAUGGGAGGCAACUCCCAACCUGCCAUUAUCACCUGGAGAUGGCGCUCCAUACCCUUGUAUGAUAACGUUGCGCGUGCGCGCGCACGUGCACGAGUGAGUGCCAGAGUGAGAGAGAGCUGCUGUCUGCCUCCUCUCCGGUGGUGUUGCCUCCCCGUCGCUGCAGUGCUUUGCUGCUCUCCUGUCUCGCUCUCUUUCUCUUUCUCUCUCUCUCCUUCUUUAUUCCUCGCUUUCGUACCCAGCGCCUCGCCUCUUCCUCCUCCCUCUCUCUCUUCCACAUCCUUCUCCUCCUUCUCCUCCCUGCGGAUGCCUCAGCCUUGCACCCCCGGCUCAGCACACCGGCAAAUGGUCGCUCCAUCCCCGGCAACUCUGGACGCAGGACGCAGCGGAAAGGCGCACCGCUCUGUUCUGAUCUGAUCUAAGCACGCUGCGGAUUGACUUGCAAGAGAGGCGGACCAGAAGGGAAACAAGGGGGAAACCGGUCGCUGACAGUGGCCAGGAUCUCAUUUCGCAAUGCCGGUGCCAGAGCAACCUGCGGAGCAGGAGAAGGGGGCCAUGGUUGCCCCUGUGAUGCCAGCUUCCAAUGGAGAAAGAUCUGAGACAGAGACGACCUCUUCCAUCCUUGCCUCUGUCAAAGAGCAGGAGCUUCAGUUUGAGCGCCUGACCAGGGAACUUGAGGCUGAGCGUCAGAUUGUCGCCACUCAGCUGGAGAGAUGCAAGCUGGGAUCAGAGGCAGGCAGCAUGAGCAGCAUCAGUUCAACUGAUGAACAAUUUCGCUGGAACGCUCAAGCGGAUGGACAAAAGGAUAUCGAGGACGAGUUGACCACAGGUUUAGAGUUGGUGGAUUCCUGCAUUCGCUCCCUCCAGGAAUCAGGAAUACUUGACAGUGGAGAACGACCGGCACUUCUUUCCCAGAGUUCCUUGCAGCUCAACUCCACCCCGGAGGCUUCGCUUCAGUACUCUGCCAGCUACCAUAGCAACCAGACCCUCGCCCUUAGCGACAGCAUCUCCGCAGCAACUCCUCAGCGCAGCGGGCAGGUUGGAGGAGCCGUGCACAGCUACAACCAGGUGACAUCUAGUCGUGCAGCCCAGCAGCAACAAUCACAAUCUGGUGCAGGGUCAGGUAUAUACUACUCCAGCUCCACUUUACCUGCCCAGCGUGUCAGCUCCCCUCUGUCUGGAGGAGGAGGCUCAGGAUCCGGUUCCCCCAGUAAACUCCAACGUCUGGGAUCAGCCUCUGACACAUCGGGGUAUUCUACCACUCAGCGCCUGCCUUCCUCCUCUUCCUCUCCCAGCAAACAGUCUACUGCUAAUCGCCUGGCCAAGUCAUACAGCACCACAGUUGCUGUGACAACAGCAGGAGGGGGUGGGUCUCCCCUGAGGGUUGCAUCUCCGCCCAACUCUACAGCAGCAGGGGGAGGGGCCAGCUCAUCAUCGUCCCCUCUUCACCAGAUGAGUUCAGGCAUAGGGAGCUAUGCCACUCUGUCUCCUAAGCGGCUGGCAGCUCACCACGCUUCUGACCAGUACAAGAUCUCCCACGAGCUCUACGCUACUGCUACACUGCAGAGGCCUGGCAGUCUGGCAGGCUCUCGUGGUUCCUACAGUAGUCAACACAGCCAGGAGCCACUUCGGCCCUUGGGGUCCCCAGAGCACCACAUAGAUCCCAUCUAUGAAGAACGUGUCUAUCACAACAAGGGGCCCAUGAGGAGCCUUAGCCAGAGCCAGGGGCCGGACACAGGUCCCUAUCGCAACAACACCGCUCCCUCCUCCCCCGGUGUCGACUCCGCCCCUUUGCAGCGCACAGGAAGUCACAGCACGGGGACAGGAAACUACAGCCGUGGCGGGACCAACAAUUAUGCCACAGUGGGACCAGGCUACACCUCAAGCGGAGGUGGUGGAGCCGGAGACUUGUAUGGCUCAGACCCCUAUGUGGCGGACCCCUACCGCACCCUGCAGUACUGCCCCUCGGUGGUAGAAUCGCCCUACAGCAAAUCUGGACCAGCCCUGCCGCCUGAAGGCAGCUUGCAGCGCUCACCCUCAAUCGACUCUAUUCAGAAAGACCCCAGAGAGUUUGGGUGGAGAGAUCCAGAGCUUCCAGAGGUGAUCCAGAUGUUACAGCACCAGUUCCCAUCAGUGCAGUCCAACGCUGCAGCAUACCUACAGCAUCUCUGCUUUGGAGACAACAAGAUCAAAGCUGAGAUCCGCAGGCAGGGAGGCAUCCAGCUUCUGGUCGACCUACUGGACCACAGGAUGAGUGAGGUUCACCGUAGCGCCUGCGGAGCCCUGAGGAACCUGGUGUACGGCAAGGCCAAUGAUGAGAACAAAGUGGCUCUGAAAAACUGCGGGGGCAUUCCUGCCUUGGUUCGCCUGCUGAGGAAGACCGGAGAUGUGGAAAUCAGAGAGCUGGUCACAGGUGUGCUAUGGAACCUGUCGUCAUGUGAUGCUCUGAAGAUGCCAAUCAUCCAGGACGCUCUGGCCGUUCUGACCAAUAGUGUCAUCAUACCCCACUCUAACUGGGACUCCUCCCCCAAUCACCAUGACGACCGCAAGCUACACCUUCAUACCUCCCAGGUGCUGCGCAAUGCUACCGGCUGCCUCAGGAAUGUAAGCUCCGCAGGUGAGGAGGCGAGACGAAGGAUGAGGGAGUGUGACGGCCUGACAGAUGCUCUGCUCUACGUCAUCCAGACCUCUCUGGGCAGCAGCGAGAUCGACAGCAAGACGGUAGAGAACUGUGUUUGCAUCUUGAGGAACCUCUCGUACCGCUUGGCUGCCGAGACAUCCCACGGCCAGCAGGGGGGGUUGGAGGAGCUGGACGGCCUGCUUUGUGAUGCCAACGGCCGUGACGGCGAGAGCUCUGGCUGCUGGGGGAAGAAGAAGAAGAAAAAGAAGGGGGCUGAUCAGUGGGAUGGUGUGGGCCCCUUUCCAGACACGGCAGAGCCCCCCAAAGGGGUUCAAAUGCUGUGGCACCCAACAAUCGUCAAGCCCUACCUCACGCUGCUGUCUGAAUGCUCCAAUCCCGAUACCCUGGAGGGAGCAGCCGGGGCUCUGCAGAACCUGGCUGCAGGCAGCUGGAAGUGGUCCGUGUACAUCCGGGCUGCUGUGCGUAAAGAGAAAGGCCUUCCCAUCCUGGUGGAGUUACUGAGGAUAGACAACGACAAGGUGGUGUGUGCCGUGGCCACCGCUCUCAGAAAUAUGGCGCUGGACAUCAGGAACAAGGAACUCAUCGGUAAAUAUGCCAUGAGAGAUUUGAUCCAUCGGUUACCAGGCAGUAGUAGUAGCAGCAACAAUAACGCCACCAGCAGUGCGACCUCCGGGACCACAGGCUCUCCCAGCAAGGCCAUGUCAGAUGACACGGUAACUGCCAUCUGCUGCGCGCUGCACGAAGUCAUCACAAAGAACAUGGAGAAUGCAAAAGCCUUGCGCGAUGCCGGUGGCAUAGAAAAACUCAUUGGCAUCGCCCGCAGCAAAGGAGACAAACACUCAGCAAAGGUGGUAAAGGCAGCCUCUCAGGUCCUCAGCAGUAUGUGGCAGUACAGAGAUCUGCGCUCCCUCUACAAGAAGGAUGGUUACUCCCAGUAUCACUUUGUGGGUUCUGCCUCAACGAUAGAGCGAGAUAGACAGAGGCCCUACUCCUCUUCACGAACCCCCUCCGUCUCCCCCGUGAGGACGUCCCCAAAUAACCGCUCUGCGAGCGCUCCUGCCUCCCCCAGAGAGAUGAUGAGUCUGAAGGAACGCAAGAUGGACUACGAUUCCACGGCAACCAACGCUGGUUUCCAUAGCAACAAAGGAGAGCACACAUCCCGAAAAGACGGCAUGGCAGUUCAAGUAUCCUGCGGGACGUCUACGUUGUUCCGAAACUCUUACCUGACCGCCAACGAUGAUAUCAAACAGAACCAGGCUCCACCACAGCCCUGCGUUGUGCCCCCACAGCCCCAGCAGGACAGCCCGUCAGCAGCCGUGCUAAAAGACUACGACCCGUACCCUCCCCCUCCUUCCUUCCCCCAGCCUCAGCCGCCGCAGCCUCCACCUCACAGCCAGAGCCGGAGCUUUGAAGAGGUCUACUACGAGGACCAGGGACCUCCACCUCCUCCAUCCCAGCCACAGCCGCAGGUCCAGGCGCAGGCCCAGCCUCAGGCCCAACCCCAGCAGCCUCCGAGCUCCGCUGGACCACCCCGAGACCCACGGGAAGACCUGCGUAUGCAUCUGGGGCUCAAAUCCACCGGCAACUACGUAGACUUCUACUCGGCCUCUCGGCCAUACAGCGAACUGAACUACGAGACCAGCCACUAUCCGGCCUCGCCUGACUCCUGGGUCUAGUUAGACUAUGAUUAUGGGGGGGCAAGAGAGAGAGUCUGUGUGUGCGUGUGUGAAAGGGAUUAUUUUUUGCAAGUGAUCAACAGCAGAUUAACACAAGGUGACAACAAAUGGCAUGUUGAAACGGGAACUUGUAGCCAGUGGCAGGAAAUUUGUUUGUGUUCUCUAAAAUAAGGGGGAAAACAGAGCUAGAUGGGGUUAUGAAGUGAAGUCAGGUCGAGUGACAAAGAGAGACUGUGCAUGUGCAUGCCGACAUUUUCCUUUUUAUUUUUUUUUAUUUAUUUAUUUUUUUUCAUUUCUUCAAAGUCAGCUCCAUUGCACCGGUGAGCGGAUAAGGUGGGAGUAGAUACGAAGAAAUGUGUUUGAAAGGAUGAGAGAGGAGUGGGCAGGUGAAUAUAUGAAUAAGAAAAGAGAGAAAACGAGCGAGUAGAAAGAGUACGGAGAGGCCUAGAGAGGAGGAGUGAGAUGGAAUCAAGAAAUAAUGGGGAGUGAACGAGGAUGAGCUCUUACUUUGUAGGAGCAGGAAGUGGCCUGACCUUUUGUUGAAGACAGAGAGAGGACGAGAGGGGAGACAAAGAUGGCAUACGGGUCCUCGAGGAGGUCAGGAGAAAUAAAAGCACAGAAAAGAUGAAAGCACAUCAGGCAAAAGGAAAGAAGUGGAUGUUUACCAUUUCACCCAAGUGACAAACGUAGCACUGCUUUAUCCCCCUUUUUUGUUGCGAUGGCCUUGCUGCCUAAAGAGGCUACUGAAUUUGUUUUCAAGGAAUGUCAUCUCCAAUAGACUUAUUCUUGUCGUCAUUCUUUUACAUCUUUUUUUAUUUGUACUUUUCUAAAUUUUCACUUUCAAAAAAAAGCAUUUUUAUUUUCUGUGUACAGUUCAAUGGUGAUAUAGUGUGUAUAUUACACAUGUUUUUGAUGGAGCCACUUAUAAAAAUUAUGAUUUUUUCCAUGACUGACUACUGACUGAAACAACAAAAGCAACAAAAACAAGUGAAAUGCGAACACAAGAAGCAGAAAAGAUAAACACCGUCAGGAUGGAUUGUCAAUGGACACCUUUGUUUUUCCCCUUUUCCCAGCCAGAGAGGAACGCCCCGCACUAUUUGUGUUUUUCUCUCUCCAUCAAAUGAAUUUCGUUGUGGACAUGCUCUAACGUCAGGAGCAGCUGCCAGAGCAUCAGAUCGGCAGAGCAGCAUCAACUCCAGAGUCCCCGUCAACAAAAGUGCUUUUUCACUGCCUAAAGAACAUAUGUGUAUGUUUAAAGCACACUCUCUGUCUUUGGAAAGGGUUGUCUUUUCCUUUUGGGGAGAUGAUAUGUUUGACCAUGUCAACUUUCAGUGGUUUCUCAUCAUCACUUGUGCAUAGAAACUGGUCCGUCCAACAAGAGCCACCGUGAAUAUUGUACAUCUCAGUAUACAGUAGAGAUAAAGAGAACGUGACAGAAUAUGACAUUGUGCCAAACUUUGACACCUCGUGGGCCAGUCCUAAAGGACUUUAAAGGGACAAUUUGUCGAAGUUUACAGACAACAACUGGAUGACUCCCUCUGCUGUUUGUAACUUUUAUUUUCUUGUGUUUUGAUCAGGUGAAACCCGUACUUAUUGCUGGGAAUCAUGAGUAACAUCUCCUUCCCAUAGGUGUACAGACCUGCCUCUGUGUUGGCUGAGCAUGUGUGGGACGCGUGUGCGUGUGUGGGGGACACGUGUGUGCGCGUGUGUGUGUGUGUGUGUGUGGAUGUUUGUGUACGUGUGCAUGGAUCUGACCGAAAGUGUGGCCGUGUGUGUACACGUAAAACUUGAGCGAGCGUAUCUAUGCAUGCAUGUGUGUAGUAGUGUGUGUAUGCCUCUGUUGCGUGUAUGUGCGUGUGCGUUCCUGUAUAAAUCAGUGUCCAAACAAGGCAUUCCUACUGACAGUUUGUCCAGUUUUACAACCUGAACAACCAAGGUAAAAAAAAAUCACUAGAAUGAAAAGUUGAUAUAGAAUGAUAAAUCUAUGAAUAUAUGAAUAUAAAUAUAUAUAUAUAAUUUUUAUGUGCAGAUGUCAGUGUCACUAAAUGCAACAAAUGUUCGCAGAAAAAAAAAAUGAUUAUGUGGUGUACAACAGGACUCUUGUUCACUUGACCUAAACGUGGAAGCUGCUGAUCCGGCCCCCCCCCUCCCCUCCAUCCCCCCAACCCUCCCUCAAUUGAGACAAAAGAGAAAUCCCACCUGAAGAUGCUCAGGCUCUGGUGCGAGUUGUGUGUUAUUGUGUGUCCAUGCUUCUUAGAUGACCCUGCUGAGAGAGGACCGUACUUGAACACAAGGAAAAAUAAAAAGACUCU